CCUCUCUAGCCGUCGUGUUGUGUCGGUUUAGAGAAUCAUUUAGCACAAGACCCCCGGAGACUUCUCGGAGAAGGUGAAGUAUCUCCAAGAUUCAAUGGUGAUUCCGGCGAAUUCUGGGUUUGGGUUUCGUACUGAACUCAGCACCAAGGAGUUUCAAGCUUUCUGCAUCAGUCUCGCUAAUGAAAUCGAUGCAGCUGUUGGGAAAGAUGAAGUUCCAGGGAAUGUUCAAGAGCUGGCUUUAGUCCUCAAUCAUGUGUGCCAUCGUAUAUGUGAUGAUCUUGAAACGAGGGCGGUGGUAAUGAUGCUGAUGAUCUCAGCUAAGAGUGCUUGUGAGCUUGGAUGGUUCCCUCAGACAGAGACUCAACAACUGUUGGCUAUCAUAGACUUGAUGUCGAAUAGUUUCAGCAGUCCUAAAAUUGUCACUCCUAGUGUAGUUAGUCCCGUCAGUCUAAUUUCGCAGGUUAUAGAGAGGUUCUAUCCAUGUGUGAAGCUGGGGCAUAUUGUUCUUUCUUGUGAGGCGAAGCCAGAAUCAAAGAUAUUGGUGAAGGACUUCCGUAUUUCAAAGAAGAUGCCACAUUCUCUUAAACAGAAAGUAGGAUUAUUUGUUGUCCGGACUGAGGACAUAAGCAAAUCUAAUUGUAUUGUACAUCCACAAAAAGUCAGCUUUUUGUUGAAUGGAAAGGGCGUUGACAAGAGAGUUAACAUCUCAAUGGUUUGUGCAUUUUGUUUAUUUCUCGGAUAUGGUUUAGAAGUACUUACUAUGAUGCAAGUAAUUGUCGUUGUCAUUUCUUUUCAGGAGUCAGGGCCUCAGCUUCCGUCGGAUGUUACUGCCCUGGUCAACGCUGGGGCAAAUCUUCUACAAGCAAUAGGCUGUUUUGGAGGUAGUUACUUAAUUGCUAUUGCUUUUAUCGAUGUCAUACCGCUGCCAGACAAAUCGUUGCUUAAAGAUUACGUUCAUCCUGAAGUCAUUGAAUCAAAUUCAGAUUGUGACAUAAUUGAGGGGCCAUCAAGGAUAUCUCUCAGUUGUCCUAUCAGCCGAACGCGUAUCAAACUUCCUGUGAAGGGUCAUAUCUGUAAACAUCUUCAGUGUUUUGACUUUUGGAAUUAUGUCAACAUGAAUUUGAGACGACCAUCAUGGCGCUGCCCGCAUUGCAAUCAAUCUGUUUGCUAUACUGACAUCCGUGUAGAUCAAAAACUUAAAAAGAUUCUAGAAGAGGUGAGACAUAGCGCUACUGAUGUGGUUAUCACUGCUGAUGGAUCAUGGACGGUAGUAACAGAAAAUGACGAGGACGUGGAACUAGUACCGGAAGCCACUCAUGACCAUGGAGAUCCAAAUAGUUUCAUAAACUUGGGGCCUACUGUUUUUGAUCUUCCUAGAGAUGAGAAUGAAAUGGAAACAUCCAGUGGCACGCAAGUCCAUGAACAGAAUCUUUGUUUAUCUGAGAUUCAGGCUCCGUCUGCUACAGAUUAUACUAUGCUUAAUCAGUCUUAUGCUUCAAUCAACACGCUGCCACAGUUGCCACAAUCUUUGAAUGCGUUUGAUGGCCAACAAAUCUUACCAUCCUCAUCUCCACAAGAUAGAUUAGCUACUAAUGCGUCAAACUUUGGCACAUCAAUGCCGGUUGCUCAGUCUUCUCAGUUUCAAGGCUCACAUGUUAUGCCCCUUGAAAAUUGUGUAGGAAGAACCUCUGAUUUGAUGGAGAGAUGGAACCUCAUCCAUGGACGUGGCAUCAAUCAGACUCAAUUGCCAUCCGCGCCUCUGUCGCAGCAUCAUUAUGCAAUGCAGAAUUUGAGCCAGUACCCUUCACAGCAUAGACCAAUUCCAUCGUACAUUGCACAUCCUCAAACUUUACCUGUCAACUACGGAGGGAACGCUGACCAAAGAUCGCUGCCACCGAUGCAACCUUCCAGUACAUACCUCCAAUCAUUACUUAACUACGGAGGGAACGCCCACCGAAGACCAAUGCAUAACCAAACUUUACCUGUCAGCUACGGAGGGAACGCCCACCAAAGGUCGAUGCCGUCUUCCUUUACACAUCUCCAAACUUUACCUGUCAACUAUGGAGGGACCGCCGACCAAAGAACGAUUCCAUCUUCCAUGUCACAUAUCCAAAAUUUACCUGUCAACUACGGAGGGACCUCCGACCAAAGACCCAUGCUAAGACCGAUGCCAUCUUCCAAUACACAUCUCCAAACUUCAUCUGUCAAUUACGGAGGGACCAACGACCAAAGACAUAAUCCUGGUGGUGCAAGGGGACAGUUAUCAUCACGAGAGUUCAUGAAUUUGCCUCCUGCUAACACUGCAAAUUGGCGCCAACCGAGCCGGAUGCGAGGCAGUUUAGAACCUGGUACGAGAUAUGACCAUAUGAUCAUUCGACCUACGCGGCCGGUUCAAGCACAAGCUCAAACGCUUCCUCCGCCUCAAUCAACAGCUCAUAAUGUAACUAAUGCGAGUCAAGCAUUUUUGUUGAGCCCAAGCUAUCCCAUUGGUACUAACGAAACACAAGCUGGGACCAGUUCAUUGCCGGUGGCCGAGGGUCUUGGGUUGUCAGGGUCGUUUUGGUCAAUGCCUCCUGAGACAUGGUGAUAUCUGAUGACUUAGAGAUUGUAACACGCGGUUCAUAGCAAUAGGAUGCAUCACUAACACAAUCAGUAGAUAAGCCCUUUUUUGUUUUUGUUUUUUUUGGUACUAACCUCUUUAGGCUUCCGGUACAUAUAUGGGGCUAGUUCUUGAUGUAGCGUAUUCUUGAGAUUCACUUCCUGUGACACAUUUAGGGUAUGGUUUGACCGAUUGACUAUCACAAUAUAGCAGGUCCAGAUCAAUUUCUUCUGAA